AGCCAGUUUGCAUCGAAGUGAGGCAAGUUAAGAAGGACACUUGGCGAAAGUAUUGAUGUCUAGUUGCUAAUGUCCAACAUUGCUUGUAACAGGUACAGGAUUACGCCAUAGGGAGCAGCUUGAUUAAAGUCCUGAAAUGGAAUGUUAGUGUGCAUAGUUGAUCCUCCCCAUGCUGCCUGAAGAGCUUGUAGAGGAGAAGAGCUUUAAAGAUGGAUCUGGAAGAAUUUCCUCCCCCACCUCCUGCAAUUCUGGAUGAGGAUGAAGAUGAAGGGGAAGCCUUUGACUUUGAUGACAGUGGUGAUGAUAUCCCCGAAGCAGACCGACCACACCCUGAUCACAAGAGCAAGAAUCAGACUCACGCUGAUCUUGUGUGUCAUGCGGCAGAGGGUGAUAUCCCCAGUCUGGCCCCCAAAAUAUCUUCCAUUUUACCUGACACCACUCCUCCAGCAGAAUUAUCUGGAUGCAGGGUCUUUACCGCUGUUGAAUCUGCAGCAGCAGAUGUCCCGGUUGCUGCUGAGGAAACUGAUGACAAGGAGAUAAAUUUACCUUUGCCUCCUCCACCUGAGGUUUCUAUAGAAAAUGAUGCUAGAACAACAGAGAGUGAUCAUCAGGAAGUGCUGAGCAAUAUCGAAACUGCCCCAAGGAGCUCCUCCAAAGUCAACCCCUAUUCUGUUAUUGACAUCACUCCACUUCAGCAGGAGAACCUCGAGCAGCACGAUUGCUCCUCUGCUCCUUCUGAAUCACGAGAGUCCAAGGAGCAAGUAGGAGAUGCCCAGGAUUCCCCAAGCAGCCCUGGUGGUAUUACCUCAGGCUAUUCUGUACCAGUGCCCUGUGGCUAUGCGACGCCAUCGGGCGUACCGCUCAUCAUUCCUGCUUAUACCACACCUGUGAUUAUUCGAAACCUCUCUGUGGAUGAGGAUGUCACGGUGAUUCGGGCAGGGAACCUUUCAGCUGACAGUGUUUUCAGUGAGCAUUGUACACCUAUUAGAGAGGAGGAUGCUCUGGCAAAGUGGGCAUCAGAUCCGGCAAAUACUGCAUGGAUGGAAAAUCCUGAUGAGGUGAUUUAUGAUGAUGUGCCCAGGGAGAACUCUGACUCAAAUACAGAACCAGAUGAGAUGAUUUAUGAUGACGUGGAGCUCGGUGAUGAAGGAGGUUCCCUUGACAAUGGCUGGAGCUCGAGCGAGUUUGAAAGCUACGAUGAGACUAGUGAUGGGGAAGGCCGCUCUGAAAAUGGCCUGCCCAAUGCCUUCAUGAGGGGGAAGCCAGCCCAAACAAAAACCCAUCUCUCUCAAGAUCUGAGCCGUUUGAAAGAACACUAUGAGAAAAAGAUGAAAGAUCUAAUGGCAAAUACAGUGGGAACGGUAGAGCUGCAGCAGCUCAAACAGAAACACGAGCAGAAGAUGCAAAAGUUGGUGAAAGCAGCUAAAGAAGGGACCAAAGAUGGGCUUGAGAAAACCAAAGCUGCCGUUAAAAAGGGACGCUCUUUCAUCAAAACUAAGUCUUUUUGUAGUGAAAGGAAAUCUGACUGUUUUGAAGAUGAGGGGUCUGAGUUCUUCAUUGAAGUGGAUUGUUUCAAUGUUGAGCCAAUUUUGGGUCCACCUCCAGAGGGGCUUUCACAACAGCAACUGGUGAGGAGAUGUAUACUAGGCUCUAUACUGGAAAGUGAGAAGAACUAUCUUGAUGCAUUGAAGAGAAUAUUAGAGCAAUAUGAAAAGCCGCUGUCCCUGAUUGAGCCAAAGUUACUGAGUGACAGGAAGCUAAAGAUGACCUUCUAUCGAGUGCGAGAGAUCCUGCAGUGCCACUUCCUGUUCCAAAUUGCUUUGGCGAGUCGAGUUGCAGAGUGGGACAGCAUGGCGAUGAUCGGUGAUGUUUUUGUAGCCUCGUUCUCAAAGUCUAUGGUGCUGGAUGCCUACAGUGAGUAUGUGAACAACUUCAGUACGGCAAUGUCAGUGGUGAGAAAGACCUGUGCAUCAAAACCUGGCUUCCUUGAAUUUCUAAAGCAUCGUCAAGAGACGAACAGCGACAGGAUGACUCUGUAUGGCUUAAUGAUGAAACCAAUCCAGAGGUUUCCACAGUUCAUUCUUCUUCUCCAGGACAUGCUAAAAAACACACCAGUGGGCCAUGCAGACCGCCUUCCCCUGCAAAUGGCCUUAACAGAACUUGAGACCUUGGCUGAGAAGCUCAAUGAAAAGAAGAGGGAAGCUGACCAGCGCUGCGAGAUUCGCCACAUUGCAAAGGCUAUGAAUGAACGGUACCUGAACAAGCUUCUGAGUAACGGUAGUCGCUACCUGAUCCGCUCAGAUGACAUGGUGGAGACGGUCUACAAUGAGCGUGGUGAAGUCAUCAAAACAAAGGAGCGACGUCUUUUCCUACUCAACGAUGUUCUCAUGUGUGCCACGCCCAAUAUUCGGUGCCAGGACAGCAGUGGGAGUGGCGGUACCCCGCUUGACCAGCGGUUCCUUCUAAAAUGGAGUGUGCCUUUGAGCCAUGUAGAAGCACUGGAGUUCGGAUCCAGUGAGGACAUUCCCGACACCACUCGUUACCCUGCCUCUCAUUCCGGGGAGAAAGUGGUCAUCAACGCAAAACCAAACAAACUCUACAUGGGCCCAGGUCAACUGUACCAGGAUCUCCAGAACCUAAUCCACGACCUCAGCCUGGUAAACCAGAUCUCUGGCAUGAUUUGCAGCCUCAAAGGCAACUACCAGAAUGUGAACCCCACGGUGGCCCAGGAUUGGGUAUCAGGUCUCCAGAGGUUGAUUCUGAAGAAGGAAGAGGAGAUUAGGGCAGCUGACCGCUGUAGGAUCCAACUUCAGCUGCCUGGCAAACAGGACAAGUCUGGCAAAGCCACAUACUUUAGUGCGGUGUUCAAUACCCUCAGCCCUGCCAUUAAACAGUCAUGGAUCAGUAACUUGCAGAUGGCUAAGCUGGCUCUAGAGGAAGACAACCUUCAGGGCUGGUUCUUUGCAGAAGAUGAUGGAAAUCAACUCAAAAAGCAGAAACACCCUCUCUUGCUCAAGCAAAUGCCUGUGGUCAUGUCUAAACUGCAAGAGUUUAAGGUGGAGUGUGCAGUCCACAACCCAGAGCCCUACAUCAACACUGAGAGCACAGCAGACACUCCUGUUGUUGGCCACGGUUGUGUCUGGGUUGCAAGUUGCACCAAUCAGAUGGGCCAAAUAGCCAUCGUUGCACUGCAGAGCUGCAGCCCGAAGGUGACAGAGUGUUUUAAUGUGGAGUCCCGUAUCUUGUGCAUGGCAUACAUCCCAGCAGAAGAGCCUCAGGAGAAUGAUGACAAAGUCCAAGAAAACAACCAAGUUUUGCUGUCAAAAGCCAGUUUUACGCCCACUGUCUGCCUGGGCAUGGAGGAGGGCAGUAUUAUUGUUUAUAAAAGCAGCCAGAGGUCCAAGAAAGUGCGCCUUCAACAGUUCUUCACCCCAGACAAAUCCACUGUUACUAGCUUGGCUUACAUGAAAUGCUGUUUGUAUGCUGGCCUGGUCAGUGGCUCUGUGGCCAUCUACUUCAGAUCACAAGAUGGGUUAUGGAUCAGUGACAAGCCCAAGGUGGUGAAGCUCGGAGUCUUGCCGAUCAAGGCCAUGCUGGCAGUGGAAGAGCACCUCUGGGCCUCAUCAGGUGGACAGGUCUUCAUCAUUAGCACACAGACACACUGUGUGGAGAGGCAAAUGGAGGCCCACCAGGAAGAGGGUAUGGUGGUGUCCCACAUGGUAGUUGCAGGGGUCGGCAUCUGGAUUGCCUUCAGCACAGGCUCCACUUUGCGUCUAUUUCACACUGAGACGCUGGAGCACCUGCAGGACAUAAAUGUUGCAACACCCGUCAACAACAUAUUACCGGGGAACCAGAGAGUGUCAGUGAGCAGUUUGCUGGUUUGCCACGGUAUGCUGCUCGUUGGAACCAACUUGGGUGUGACUGUGGCCUUAUCUGUCCCCAGACUACAGGGUAUCCCCAAGGUCACAGGUCGCGGAAUGGUGUCCUUGCACGCUCACAAUGGACCUGUAAAGUUCUUAACUGUAGCCACCGCGGUGUGUAACAGACCCUCAGGCCUCCCCUCCCCCACUUCUUCAGUGUCAGCCCAGCCAGUAGAGGAUGGAGAAGAUGCUGUACCCCGCUCAGACUCAACUUCUACGCCGCCUCAAGGCCAGGGAGUGUGGCUGGGAGAAGCAGGCUGCACCACCAUGGCGCUACAGGAUUCACUUUCUUCAUCAUCAUGCGCCUCUUUAGCUCAAUCCCAUGGAUCCUUUGAGCACGGACCUGAGGACGGAGCCCUUUAUGACGUGCUCCAUGAUCCGGCCCACCAGCAGAGGGGCCGCCGCACAGGCAAAGUGGAUGUCAGCUCUCUCCUGGUGGUGUCUGGGGGUUUGGGCCACCGCAGAGUGAACAAAAAGACCAAACAAUCACGCCACGAGGAUAACACCUCCACCAUCCUGAUCUGGCAGAUCCCCUUACUUAGCAUGUAAUGCACUAUUAAACCAGUGAAACAGAACUCACUUAGCAGCAAGCAGUUUCAAAAACAGAGUGAAAAAAGGUAUUUGCUGAGCUAAGAUGCUUUUUUUAACCGAAAUGACAAACCUUCAUUUAAAUCUACUAAGUAGAUGAGGCUUCCAGUAUUGCUUCAUUGCAAGAUAAAUGAAACUAACAUGGCUAACAUGACAUUACUUGCGACUGUUCUUUAAUUUGUAUAAUUUAGAAUACAGUUUGUGAAACAUUGUUGACUUAUUUUCUGUGUGAAGUCACUAUGUGGAUGUUAUAUAUAAGGUUUUUUUAAGCUUAGGAUCAGGUUUAGGGAAAUCUGUCCAGACUUGUUUGUUGUAAAUAUGGAGUUGACUCAGGAUUAUCAGUAAGUGUUUUGUUGGGGAUCAGACUAAGGUUCUUUUUGAAAUAUGAAAGGCAAUUUCAUAAGACUAGUCCAGCACUCCUGGUUUUGCAUUUACAAAGAAAAUGGAUAAAAAAAGGUGAAAUAAUGUUGACUGAUUUACCUUGGAAAGACUGAUAAGAUCUCUGGCUGGCCAGUGUUCUCCAAAAAUGGAAUAGUUUUUGUUACCGAAUAGGAAAGUAGUUUUGUUCAGCCCUGAAUAUUUUUUUUGCUCAGUUAAGAAUAUUUAAUAGACUGAAAGAAAAAAAACCAUACAUUUGUUGUAUACAUUUAUAUGUACAGUACUGUACUUCUGUUAU